GUGCGUGACUUAUAAAUAUGAAGGGGAUCAAUGGGUUCCGGGUAGUACGCCAAUGACAGGCGGUAAGACAGCAACGCGGCCCGACUCCUUCCAGCAGGAGCGGGACCAGCAGAGACGCCACAAUCCUGACCAAUGCAGCUGGCUAAGCCGCACUCACAAGAACCUGCCGCAGUGGAACGCGCUCGGGGCUGGCUCGCUCAUCUUCGUUUCAGGUGGCAUGAGCUUGGCCUGGGGCGCCGGCUUUGCAGCGCACUCGAUGCAUGUGGAGCUUCUGCAGCUGACGCUCCAUAUGAAAAUCAGUUGGUACGGAGCGGCGCUGCUUGGAGCCGCGUUGAGCGCAGUGUUGACCCACCGGACACCACAGCGACCCGUUUAUGUGGCGAGCUCUUGCCUGGUGCUUAUCUGUGGCAUGCUUUACCUCACGCUGCCGGAGCAACCGAAGGCCAUCAUUGCCGCCCGCUACUUGGAUGGCUUUGCCAAUGGCCUGGUCUUUGUGCCCACGCUAACCACAGUGGGCGAGCUGUCUGUGUGUGAGAUGCGGGGCAUCUUCUCCGCCAGCCUCGAGCAGCUGAGCUACAAUUUCGGCAUCUUUAUCCUGCUCAGCUACACGGCCAUCUGGCACAGUGGCUGGAAUGUGACCAUUGUGGCCGACCAGGUGCACGGCCUGCUGAGCAUUGUCUAUGGCGUUGUAGCCCUGGCCCUGGCGCUGACCUGCUGCGUCGAGUCUCCGGUGUAUUUGCUGCUGCGGCGCAGUGAGCAAGCUGCGGUGGAUGCUCUGCGCCAUCUGCAACGUCCAUUCGUAGUGACGUGCGAGACCUUCCUGCUGCUGGACGAGCACAAGCGCUACGUUGCUGCCAACCUAGACCUGAGCUGGUGCCAAAGUCUUCAGCGGGGUCUCGUGCCACUGAUAAAGAUUAUUGCUCAUCGCUCGCUGUACGCCCUCAGCCUGAACACCAUUGUAUGGAGAGCUCUGUAUGAUACAGCCGUGGAGCUAACGCCCCACGCGCACACCUGGCCCUAUGUGGUGUUUGGCACUUUGCGCUGGAGCGGCUCCGUCUGUGUUGUCUUCCUGAUGGACUCCGGUGGCCGCAAGAAGCCCUCGCUCUUCGGCACCUUCGCUGGCGGCUUGUUCGCCGUUGCCUUUGCCAGUCUGCUUGACCGCGUGCCUCGCAUGAUCGCUGCUCUGACCAUAUUGUUUUUCUUUCAAUUCUUCGCGGGAGUGGCGCAUGCAGCUUCCGCUGUCUAUCUGACCGAGGCCUUUCCACUGGCGGUCAAGCCGUACCUUGUGGCUCUAGUCUAUAUCGCUGAGCUGAUGAUCAGGAUGGGCUGCUGCAUGGUGACGCCCACACACACCGACAUAUCGCUCUACUUUUAUGUGCUGGGGGGCAUAUCCUUGAGCUUUUUCUUACUAGGCAUUUUUUGCUUGCCCGAGACGAGGCUGACAACUCUGACAAAGGCGCACUUUAAGUUACGAAAAUGGUUCAACGAGGACUUCUGAACUCUGAACUAAACUA